AUGGAAAAGGGCAAGGUUGAAGAUGUCCAGGAUAAUCUAUGACUGGAUGUGCGAGGCUGUUUAUACACAGCCAGGCGCGAGUCUCUGUGCCACUCUAAGGAUUCCCUGCUGGUGUUCAUGUUUAGUGGACGCUUUCCUCUGAAAGUGGAUGAAUCAGGAGCAUGUUUAAUUGAUCGAGAUGGAAAUUUGUUUAAGUACCUUUUGGAUUAUCUUCAUGGAGACGUUCAGAUUCCUGAAGAUGAAAAAGUUAGAACUGCACUGUAGGAGGAAGCAGAUUAUUUUGGAAUCCCUUAUCCAUACAGUCUGUCUGAUCAUUUGGCUAAUGAAAUGGAAUUAAACUCUUCAAGGUCCAAAGAGCUUAAAAAGGCUUUGUUGGAUUUCUGUGAUUCUUAACAUUUAGUUUGCACCAAGCCUACAGUUUGGCUGCUGCAGUAUCUCAACACUUCUGAAGCAAGCUGUGAAAGUAAAAUUAUUGGUGUGUAUGCCACAGGAGCUGAUGGGACUGAUGCAAUUAGUAAGGCACUAGGAAUGAAAAUUCAUGGUAAAAGCAUGUACAAAAGAGAAGCUGGAAAUAACAUCCAAUACAUCUGGAGCUAUUACUCAGUAGUUGAGCAAAAGAUGAUGGAUGCUUUCGAUGCCUGGGAAGGGAGAGGUGUUAGCUACUGGAGAGUGCCUCAGGAGCUGAUUGAAUGUCGGACUCUGGAAGAACACCCUCUGAGAGGGAGUUUGCAUCAUAUGCCUCCAGUUUAUAAAAGAUGAUUAAUUGACUGUACUGAAGUAGAAAGCUGUUUACCAUGUAAAGUAGGUCUCCAGCCAAUUAGAUUCUCAGGUCCCUCAAUAAGUACCCACAUAAAAGUCAAGAAUUCAUCUUCAUUAAAGAUAGCUGCUUGCAAUGCUUCACAUUCUGCAGCAAUUCUUAUAUGACCCCAUAGUGAAAGUCUGAUGCUGCACAAAGAAGUUUCUCAAAACUCCACAACACGCACACCAGUGCCCAGUAAGUCCCAGGCUCCCUGAGGAAGGCAGAGUGCUGGCAAUGGGCCACUGAGCCAAAUGCCAUUCCAGCUGCGGAGUAAGAAGCCUGUGAACAACCGUGCAGUGAAGGUGAAAAGGACUCCUUUUCUUGUGACACCAUCUCAGUCACCACCUUCUGCAUCCAGUAAAACAAGUGAACAGGACAGCGCUGAAAUUCCUACAGUGCUAAACACGAAAGAACCAGCUGUAUUAGCAGAAAGUAUUACCCUUAAGAAUGAUAAAGGGUGUAAUGUUUGACUCAGUCUGACAGACUGGACAGCUCUACAUUAUAUGGCUGAAGAAGAGGUCAUUAUCUCAAUGUGAUCCUUUAUUCAAGAUUAGGUAGAAAAUUGUGAUGAAAAAGAUAAUGAAAAGGACAGGAAGAAAUUGUUUUA